AUGAUCAGGCGCCUGAUAAUGCUAAAUACUGACGGCAAUCGAACCCUCAGCCUUAUCGAUUCACAAAGAGACAACGUGUUACCCAUGGAAGCUAAGGUUCUCCUAAUCAUCGCCUAUAGCAUCCUGUGUAUAAUUUCUACUUUCGGGAACGCUCUGGUUUGUUACGUGAUCUUAAAGAACAAACGACUACACACUCCAACCAAUUAUUUCUUGGCGAACCUUGCGUUGAGCGAUCUUCUAGUGACUUUCAUAAACGUGCCUUUUAACCUUGCUAAAAAUUUCUUGGAUGACUGGCCCUUUGGCCAGAUUCCAUGUCACAUUGUUCAUUAUUCUCUUGUCCUCACAUGCUAUGUGUCCACCUACACGUUGACCUCUAUAGCUUUAGAUCGCCACAGAGUUGUUCUGAAACCUCUCUCACGAAGAAUGUCCACCCGCUUAGCCAUGAGCAUAUUAGCAUGUAUCUGGCUGGUGGCAAUAUGCUUAUCUUUGCCAUAUGGAAUAUUUACUCGUGUUAGAAGGGUCACUUUUUUGAUCACCACAGAAUAUCGCAGAUGUCGAUUCCUAAUACCUAAAGACUGGAAGGAUUUGGAAAGAUUCUUAACAAUGAGCACCUUUAUUCUUCAGUACUGCAUCCCUUUCACGCUGAUCGGCAUUGCUUAUGCGCGUAUUGUGCUGAGUCUCUGGGCACGCACGCAUGUCGGGGCCGUGACUGCAAAUCAGCAACUCAUUCAAGCUAGAGCAAAACGAAGAAGCAUCAGAUUACUGAUCACCGUUGUCAUUAUGUUUGCUGUUUGCUGGCUUCCGCUAAACAUGUAUCACAUAUUAACAGACCUACAUCCUGAUAUGGAGACGUUUCGCCACGAUUCUCUGGCAUUCUUCAUCUGUCACUGGAUAGCAAUGAGCAGUACAUGUUACAACCCCUUUGUAUAUUGUUGGUUAAAUGAACAGUUUCGGCAGGAGGUUAAGUCCAGGUUUUACUGGUGUUACAAGGUAUUUCACAAACCACGACAUUCUGGAAUAAUUGAUGUAAUAGCCAUGGGAAGGACAAACCCCAAAAACUUGUCAUCGUGUUGCUACAACAGCAUCAAAAGAGACAACACCACCACCACAGCCACAUAUUUGCUUAAGGACAGCACUGAACAGAGCAGUGUUAAUAGGAAUUCUGUGAUUACUAAAUCGAACGUGGGCUCCUUGUCUGUGGCGGGAAUUAGUGCAGAAGAAGAAACUCAUUCAGAUGUCACUGAAGAAGCUACCCAAGGACUUGUGGUACAGUCGGAUAUGAGUGAUGUUUGUGCAUCAGAGGAAGAGAUGUUUCACCCUGUGUCGGAUAUCUCCCUAAUAAAACUGGACAACUUUGAACUACAGAAUGGCAGAGGGCCUACGUGA